AUGGCUCCUACCGACGUCAAUGCUGUGCUGUCCAAGCUGACGCUAGAGGAGAAGAUUUCUAUCCUUGCUGGUGCUGACUUCUGGCAAACCGUCCCCAUCCCAGAGAAAGGAGUCCCGGCUCUCAAGACUAGCGAUGGACCUAAUGGUGCCCGCGGAGAGACCUUCUCCGGGGGUGUGACAGCCGCCUGCUUCCCCGCUGCUUGCAGUGUCGCCUCCACAUUUGAUGUUGACAUUGCUCGGCGAAUCGGUGUUGCUUUGGGAGAGGAGACUCUCACCAAGGGUGCUCGAUGCCUUCUUGGCCCUACUAUCUGUGGCCACCGUCAUCCCCUUGGUGGCCGAAACUUCGAGAGUUUCUCAGAGGACCCAUUUCUCGCGGGCACGCUUGCUUCGCAGAGCAUCCAGGGCAUUCAGUCCACAGGAGUUGCUGCCACGAUGAAACAUUAUGCUGUCAAUGAGCAAGAGACUGAGCGUUUGAGCGUAGACGAGAUUGUUGAUGAGCGUACUCUGCGUGAGAUUUACCUGAGGCCCUUUGAGAGGGUUGUUAAGGAGGCCAAGCCCGCGGCCGUCAUGACUGGUUACAACAAGGUCAACGGAAGCCACUGUGACUCUCACGAAUUCCUCUUAAAACAGGUCCUGCGAGGCGAAUGGGGAUGGGACGGUCUCGUCAUGAGUGAUUGGGGUGGUGUCAACUCUGUCGCCGAAUCUCUGAACGCCGGCCUGGAUCUUGAGAUGCCGGGCCCUACUCGAUGGCGAAAGGUUGACGAGGUGGUUGCUGCUGUCAAGGCUGGAAAGGUUUCAGAGGAAACUAUUAACGACCGCGCCAUCCACGUUCUUCGCUUCCUCGAGCGCCAGAAUUGCUUCAGCGACCCUACCAUCCCUCCUGAGAAGGCCGUGAACAAGCCCGAGCACCAGGCUCUUAUCCGCGAGGCUGGUUCCAAGGGAAUCGUGCUCCUGAAGAACAACGACAACGUUCUGCCCCUGACCAAGGAAAAGGCGCGGGGUAAGAAGAUCGCCCUGCUUGGCCUUGCUAAGGAGUCUCUUGCACAUGGAGGUGGCAGUGCCUCUUUGAACGCGCACUACAAGAUCACUCCUUGGGAUGCUCUUCAAGAGGCCUUCAAGGGCGAAAACGUCGAGUUCACGCAGGCCAAGGGUGCCCACACUUUAAGGCAGCUCCCCGUGAUUACGAACAAUGUAGUCGACGCAGAUGGCAAGCCUGGCUUUACCUGGCGCUCAUACCACGUUGGCGAGUCACAGCCCUACAACACUGUCGGUGGCCAUGGCAAGUCUGAGGUUUCGUUGCUGGACGGCUUGAACAUCGUCAACACCGGCAUUGAGCUUGAUGGAACCUUUACCGCCUCCGAAUCUGCUACCUACUACUUUACUCUCAGCGGCCUUGGCCCCUCUAGUGUGGCCAUCAACGGUACAGUCAUCUUUGAGCAGGAGGACAACUGCUCAGACCCGAUGGGUUUCCUGCUCGGCGGUGUCGCAUCCCCCUUGGUCAAGUACGAGUUUGAGUCCGGAAAGCAGUAUAAGAUCCUCAUCAAGAGUACACCCCCGGCCCCUGUCGAGGGUGUCGAUCUCGGCAUCCUCGAGGGCAAGGUCGGUGUGAGACUUGGAAACAUGUCAGCGUCCGAGCACGACAAGGAUAUCCUCACGGAAGCCAUCGAGCUGGCCAAGGCAGCCGACUACGCGAUCGUGUUCACUGGCCACGACCCUUCCUGGGAGACCGAGGGUCAGGACCAGCACAGCUUCAACCUUCCCAAGGAUGGCAGCCAAGACCGCCUGGUGUCCGGCGUCGCCGCUGUCAACCAGAACACCAUCGUCGUGAACUCGACUGGUGUGGCUGUCGCCAUGCCCUGGCUCGACGAGAUCAAGUCUUUGGUCCAUACCUGGUUCCCCGGACAAGAAGCUGGCAACUCCAUUGCCGACGUCCUCACUGGUGAACGAAACCCGGAGGGUCACCUUACCUGCACAUUCCCCAAGCGCCUGGAAGAUUCUCCCGCUUAUGGAAAUUUCCCUGGCGAGUACAACGGCCGUCAACUUACCGUCAAGUAUGCCGAGGGCGUCUUCGUUGGAUACAGACAUUUCGAUCGCUUGCCCGCGGAGAAGGUCAACUUCCCCUUUGGUUUCGGCCUCUCCUACACGACCUUCGGCUUCUCUGACCUUGAUGUCAAGCUGGCUGCCGGUGACGAGUGGACUGCUAGCGUCAAGGUGACCAACACAGGCUCGGUCAAGGGUGCCAUUGCCGUUCAGCUUUAUGUUGGCAACAGUAAGACCUCUCCCGAAAACCCUGUCAAGUCUCUAGUCAGCUUCAAGAAGGUGACCCUGGCCGCCGGAGGAUCCGCGGUAGUCGAGCUACCAGCCCGGGGCCGUGACAUUGCGUUCUGGAGCCAAAAGGAGCAGAAGUGGGUGCUCGAGGCGGGCGAGUAUAAUUUCAGCGUCGGGAAGAGCGCGGGUGAUCUGGUGGCAACAGCCACGGUGCAGGUCGGUGGCAAGACGUAUGCGCCUUAG